AUGUCUACUAAAAUCUUUCUUCGACGAUUAACUGAUAUGGCAUCAUUCGAUACACUUCAAGAUAAACUUUGCCGUCUUAAUGACACAUAUUUGUCUAAUUCAUGCGAUACAAAUGUAUCUCGAUGUAUCGAUAUUAUCGAACUCAAUGCACGUGUUCAACGAGAACUUUUCAAGCUUCUCAAUCUCGUUUCAGCUGAAGGUGGUGUUUAUGGUGGUGCAUCAACAAUAAGAGCACGUCUAUUGCCAUUUCUCAAUGUGGAAGCAUCUUAUCUCAAUGGUUUAUUGAGCAAUACUGGUUCGGAUUUAUAUCCAUUGGCUUGGUGGCGUUAUCCAUAUGCACAUCUUCGUACAACAGCUGAAUUUCAUUCAUUAGCUAAUGAAUAUGAACAUAAUUUGAAUGACCUUGAACAAGAUUUAAGCGAAGCCAAUGUCGAUAAUGCUCGUCUCGAAGCCGAAUUGGAAGAAACACGAGCAGAAUUGAUCGAUGAACGAGCUAAAUCAACAGGUGAAAAAAUGUUUAUCGAAUCUGAAUUAUCUAAUUUACGAACACGAUUAAGUGAUACCGAAUUUCGUCUUUCACUCGAACGAUGUAAACCACGAUCGGAUAUUAUUCUUGAUCAUACCGAACGUGAUCUUCGUCGAUUACGUACUGAUCUUGAAUUAGCUCAAAUACGUUCACGAUCGACUUCACCGGUUGCAAGUUAUGUACGACGACGCUCAUUAUCGCCAACUCGUCCAUUAGUCUUAUCAACAUCAGCAAGUGGUUCUGUGCAAGUGAUUCGUGAAGAAUCAUUAAUUCAAUGUUAUAAUGAUUUAAAUGCACGAGAACGACUUAAUGCCAUGGAUAUCCUUCGAACAGUAUCCGAUGAUUAUGAUAUGAAUCAACGUAUUUGUUUUGCUGUUGUUCAAGAAGCAUUUUCUGUAGCAAAACGUCGUUCUACUGAUUGGAAAUUGCGUCUUCGUUCACAAUUUGCUAUUACACAUACAGGUCCCGAUUCACUUGAAGAUGUUGUUCAAGAUUAUAUCAAUCGAAAUGUUGAACCUUUUGAAUUACCAAAAAUUGUAUCGGAGAUAAUCAGUAAUUUAAAUCGUAAUCCACGAAUAAGUCUUCCACUUGGCGUCUCGUAUACAAUAAUAAGUACAUAUAUACGAGAAGCAGUUCGUGUUGCAUGGCAUAUGGCAUGUCUUGCUUAUCCAUUUGAUGUUGGAUUUGCUACUGAUGGUGAAGUUUUUGAUGAUUCAAAAUAUCGACGAAGUUAUGAUUCCGAAUAUGGAGCACCAUUGGUUGAUCAUCAUAUUUGGCCAGCAUUGAUGCAAGGAGGACGUGUUAUUGUUAAAGGUGAAGCAGCUACAAGACGUGGUGCUUCAUUGAAUCGUUCGCGAGCAGCGAGUCCAGUUCGAUUAGGAUAUACCAGUCCAGUUCGUAGUCGAUCGAUUAGUCCUGUUCGUCGAUCACGUACGUCAAGUCCAGUGAGAUUUUCAACCAUAAAUCGUAAUUAUUAA